AUGUAUUAUGACCCGCUGGUUGCACUUGUGAAUAUAUUACCCGUAGAAAAGUUAAGCGAUGAGAAUAGUAAAAAGAAAUCAAGGUGGGAAAGAAAUGCAACUAACAAUAUUAUAGAAAAUAAAGUAGUUGUAUCGAACAAGUGGGGGUCUGAAGAUUAUAAACCUUAUCUUCCAUUACCUUUUGUUGAUUUCCCACCAGGUUUAACUCCGGCACAACUAGAUCAAUUUUUGAGAGAACAACGAUAUGAUGAAUUAACAAAAAAAUUAAAUAAAGGGGAAUUAGAAUAUGUAGAUCCAGACAUUCGACCUCCUUCUCCACCUCCUAUAUAUGACAAGAAUGGUAGUAGGAUAAAUACAAGAGAAGCACGAAUAAAAAAUAGUAUGAUAGAAGAACAUCAUAGGUUAAUAGAAUAUUUAUUAAAACAUGUAGAUGGUUUUGUAGCACCUCCUACAUAUAAACCGAUAAAGAAAAUUCGUAAAAUUGAAAUACCUAUAGAUAAAUAUCCAGAAUAUAAUUUUAUGGGUUUAAUUAUUGGUCCGCGUGGUUGUAAUCAUAAACGAUUAGAAGCUGAGAGUGGUGCACAAAUAAGUAUAAGAGGAAAAGGUACAUUAAAAGAAGGUAAAAAAACGGAUCAUCAAACUGAAAUAGAAGCUGCUAUGCCUAAACAUGUACAUAUAGCAGCUGAUACGGAAGAAUGUGUAGAAAAGGCUGUUAGUUUAAUAACACCUUUAUUAGAUCCUUUUCACCCUUUACAUGAAGAAUAUAAAAGAAAAGGAUUGGAACAGUUAGCUCUGGUUAAUGGUAUUAACCUAAAUCAAUUAGAUACACAAAAAUGUUCUAUAUGUAAUUCAAAUACACAUUUAACCUUUGAAUGCCCCGAAAAUAUGAAUAUACAAAAUUUUAAAAAGCCAGAAAUAAAAUGUAAUUUAUGUGGUGAUCAUGGUCAUAUUACUUUAGACUGUAAACUAGCGAAACAGUCAUCAAAUUAUAUUAAUAAAAAUGAUCUAGAGAAUUCCAAUAAUUUAUCACAACCUAUACAUGUACAUUCACCUGCACCUCCCCCACCUCCACCACCUCCUCCAUUAUAUGAUCCAUUAAUAAGUACACCACAAGGAUUUAAUGGAAUGUACAAAAUGGAUAAAAUGAAAAUGGAUUUAGAGUAUGAAAAAAUGAUGAAUGAAUUAAAUAGUGAUCCAAAUAAAGAAAAAAAAAAUGAUGAUAUAUAUAAAAAACCAAACGAAAAUACAGUGGAUAAUAUUGGAAAUACAAAUGAUAUAAUGAAUAUGAAUAAUGAUAAAUAUAAUGUAUCAAAUGAUAGUAAUAUGAUACAAACAAAUAAUAAUAAUAAUAUAAAUAAUAUAUAUAAUAAUCAGAUAAGCGAUAAUAAGGAGUUAUAUAAAAAUGAGAACGAAUAUAAUUUAAAUUAUAUAGAAACAAAUAAUAAUUAUAUGAAUAAUUAUUCUACUAAUAUAAAUAAAUUUAAUCCAUCAAGUCAUCAUAAUAUAAACAAUCCUAAUUUUAUACCACUUCCACAAAAUAAUAAUGAAAAUCAUUUUAAUAACAUGUUAAAUUUUAAUAAUGUGAAUAAUAUACCUCUAACACCUCCUUUACCUAUAUUACCAAAUUUUCUUAAUAUACCAUUUAUUGAUAAUGACCUCAUGGCAAAUCCUCCUUUCGCAUAUCAAGCCAAAGCACCAUUGUCUCUUGACCCAAUAUACAUGCAGAAUUAUGCAAGUUGGGCACAAAUUCCUAUGAAUUAUGCAGAGCAGUUACUAGUAAAUGCGCCCGCACCAGACACAAAUCCUCCUCCGCUACCAUCGGACAGUGUAUGUUUGAAUAAGGAAGAGAAUACAAAUGCAACAUAA